AUGGACAGGACCUUCCCUUGCCUCGUCGACGUCUACCGAGUGAUCAGUAUCGUUGGCAUCGAGCUGGAUAUGCCCUUUGCCAGCGCGCGUCCUCGGAGAGAGCUGGAGGCAGGACAGCAGGAGCGCAGGGCAGUCGAGGCUUCAGAAGAAGACGAAGACGAUGACGAUGACGAUGACGAUGAGGACGAGGACGAGGACGAGGACGAGGACGAGACAGGGGCAGAGGCAGAGGAGCAAGAAGCUCUGCUCAGUUGCAGUCUGAUAAUGAAUGGGAUCGACGCUCUAUCCACGUCCUCCCUCAAUUGCUGA